AUGGGUGCUGGUGCCUCGACGGACAACAACGGCGAGAUCGUGGUAGGGGAUGUCGUAACCUUCCAGGUCGAAGAUCAUCCCAAACGCGUCGUUGGAAUUGUAACAGACGUGCAGGAAGAUUGCUGCAGCAUCCAGGUGUCCAAUGUGGAGGUGCUGGACGGCAUCUCGCGCAGUGACGUUAAGCGUAUCGCCAAGUGGGACGAGAUCGAGGUGGGUGAUCGAGUUAAAGUCAAGGAGCAGGGCUCUCGUCUGUACUACGAGGCCGAAGUGAUCGCACGGAAUGAUAACGGCACCUACAAGGUGCAUUUCGCAGAAGUGGACGAGGAUGAGGACAACGUCACGGCCGACAGACUGCUUAAGCUCAUGUCUGGUCGCUUGGAGGACAAAGAGUGGAUGAUGUAUAAGGAGACGGGGUUAGAGUAGCUAGCUACACAAACUACCGAGUUUUCGUCUGCAAAAGCAGCCCAUUCUGGCGCGAGAGAUAACAAUUCUGUACCAUACCA